CCUCCAGCCCAGGUGAAUGUAAGCCGAUGGGGGAGGGGGACUUCUGUGUCAAAGGCACUACAGUAGACUGUUAGAACGGACACACAGAGGGCUCUGUCCUCUCUCCAUAAUAGCAGGCUUCCUCUCCCUUCAGACCCACAGUGGACCCACACUACAUUCAACCAACCAACACAAGCAGAAUGCGUGUAGCCUGUCUGUUAGUGCUGUUCCUAUUGGCCCUGGUGCCGCUGGGAGGCUGUCUGCUGCUAGGAGCCUUCAACAUCAAGACAUUCGGAGACAAGAAGUCCUCCAACUCAACCCUCAUGGACAUCAUCACCCAGAUAGUGCACCGUUAUGAUAUCGUGCUGAUCCAGGAAGUAAGAGACACUGACCUAUCAGCAACCAACAAACUGAUGCAUCACGUCAACAAAGGCUUGUCUCCCUAUAGGUACAGUCACAUUGUCAGCGAGGAACUGGGCCGCAGUACUUACACAGAGAGAUACCUCUACCUGUACAGAGAGGAGACGGUCUCUGUGGCUAAGAACUACAUGUACGAUGACGGCUGUGAGCCCUGCGGUACAGAUACCUUCAUCAGAGAGCCCUUCAUUGUCAUGUUCUCCUCGAACUACACAGGUAGAAGGGGAUGGGGGGGGGGUGAUGGGGAGAGGUGGGAGGGGGAGGGGGAUGGUGAUGGGGGAGAGAGUGGGGAGGGAGAGGGGGAAUGAGAGGGAGAGAGAGAU